AUGCUCUCUCGUCUACACUGGUGGGCAUCGUCCCGAAUAGUUGCAGCCCCGGUCCGACUCUUCAGCCAAACCCCCAUCGUCCCCGCAAAGCCCCUCCCCCCACGGCUCAAGAUCAACGAUGCCGACAUAUCAAUAUCCUACCUAAAAGGCACCGGGCCUGGCGGACAGAAGAUAAACAAAACCAACUCAGCCGUCCAAAUCAUCCACAGGCCCAGCGGGGUGGUAAUCAAAUGCCAAGCGACGCGCUCACAGUCGCAGAACGCGAAGAUUGCACGCUCGCUGCUCGCCGAUAGAGUCGAGGCGCAGGAAAAGGGGGAUAAGAGUCGGGUUGCGAUUAAGGCGGCCGCCGCGAAGAAGAAGAAGGCUAGUAAGAUGAAGAAGACGAGGAGGAAGUAUCGGGAACUUGGGGAGGCAGGAAAGGAAGGGGAAUUUGUUGAGGAGGAAGAGGACGAGAUCAAGAUUAUAUGGGAUGACGAUGUAAAGGAAGAGGGAGAAAGGAGGGAGGGUACAGCGGAGGUUGAAGAUGAGUCUAAACCCGCUGGAGAAUCCGGAAAAAGUACGGAGGCUACAACAGAGGUUGGAAAUGAGUCUAAAUCCUGUGGAGAGUCCGGAAAGAUU